AAUUGGGUGUGGUUAGGGUGAUAUUUAGACCUAUGAUCUCCGAAAAAAAGAGAGGAUGAAGAUUCUAUUUUUUUUUUUUUUGAAUAGGCUUUUUUUUUUUAAUUGUAGCAAAUAUUCCAUUGUAUUCUAUUUUACUAUUCUGUAUGAAUAUAUCAAUAUCAAGUUGCUCAGAAUUCAUUUUUUGUUUUUACAAAAAUCAAAGGCAACAGGGAAGGUAGAAGGAAGGAAACGCAAUUAAAUUCCAUUUCCCUUUCUUUUUCUUCCCUUCCCUUCCCUUCCCUUUGCAAUUUAAAAUUCAAUAAUCUGUUUUUGUGAUUAGAAAUUGCAUAACAUAAAUAAUCAAUCAAUCAAGCAUCGAUUUCCUUUGAUUUUGAUCGCAUGGGUCAAGCUUUUCGCAAGCUUUUCGAUACUUUCUUCGGCAAUACCGAGAUGCGGGUUGUCAUGCUUGGUCUUGAUGCUGCUGGAAAAACAACUAUAUUGUACAAGCUACACAUUGGAGAAGUUUUAUCUACUGUUCCUACCAUUGGUUUCAAUGUAGAGAAGGUUCAGUAUAAGAAUGUUAUUUUCACGGUUUGGGAUGUUGGGGGGCAAGAGAAAUUGAGGGCACUCUGGAGGCAUUAUUUUAACAACACAGAUGGUUUGAUAUACGUUGUUGAUAGUCUGGACCGCGAGAGACUUGGGAAAGCAAAGCAGGAAUUUCAGACAAUCAUAAACGACCCAUUUAUGCUCAACAGUGUCAUCUUGGUGUUUGCCAACAAACAGGACCUGAGAGGAGCGAUGACGGCCAGAGAAGUAUGUGAAGGAUUAGGUCUCUUUGAUCUCAAGAAUAGAAAAUGGCACAUUCAAGGCACUUGUGCACUUAAGGGCGAUGGCCUUUAUGAGGGUUUGGACUGGUUGUCCUCAACACUGAAGGAGAUGAAGUCUGCUGGAUACUCUUCAUUAGGAUUAGGAACUUCAUCCUUCUAGUUUUCCGGGUAUUUUGGCCUUGGGAUUUGGCAAUUGGUGAAGUAUAGACUGGCCAGUUCUGAAAUACUGUGAUUAGUAAUCAAAUUCUUUGGGUUUCAUCUGAAGCUGAUGAAGAAUAUAGUUAAUUCUCCUUUCAGGAAACUUAAAGAUAUGUGACUUGCUCCAAUUGUAGAAGUUUGUACAUGUCAAAUGAUUAACUAAAUUCUGUUGUUAUAUUGAUACCCACGUUAAGUGCAUGAGUUCUGGAUCGAAGGUCUUGGAUGCCGGAUCAGUUGUUCAUUCUCCCUAGAUUUUUCCCAUCUUAUCCUUUGUGAAUGUUAUUUCUGUGUGGCUGUGAUUGGUGCCUUGAUUAAUAAAAAUGAUUCUGACAAAUA